AUGUCGACUGAGCCUCAAUAUGCCUUCCGGGCUCAAAAGGCCUCUGGUCUCGCCGACGGAUCAUCAUGGGAGCCAAGCGUACACCUGGCGACCGACGCAGAGAGCAGAUGUUUUGCCUACUCCCCCGACGGACAGUGGUUUGCCCAUGCCUCAUCCACGGGUGUACACCUUCUGCCUUCCUCCGGAUCGUCGUCGUCGUCUACCCGCACACUGGCGCCGACUGCGGUCUUCGCGCUGAAGUUCUCACCGCUGUCAAGUACGCUCUUCACCUUUGAGCGUCCAGGCAAGACGGACGGGACCGAGGUGCACAAGAAUGUCCGAGCGUGGAGCGUGGAGAGCGGAGAGGAAGUAGCGGGAUGGCAUCAGAAGUCGCAGGACGACUGGGAACCAAUCAUCACCGCGACUGAAUCUCACCGGUUCAUACCUACCGGUUCCGACCUUCUCGUCUUCUCGCCGCCUCUCGCUCCCCGUCCUACACUUCGACUCAAAGGCGAUGGCGCACCCAUCCGCGGUGUAUUCCUCUCGAACCCCCGCGCCAUGCCCGAGGGGACGUCCAACGCUAGGCCUAUACCGGCGCAUAGCGAGCCAGCUGUAGCGGUCUGGUUUGGCGAGAAGAAGGGCGCCCCGGGCGGUGUGAGACUGUUCCCACUCAGUCAGCUCGUUGGAGCGGAGGUGAAGGAUGCGGAUAGUACGGAGAACAGGGAGUUCCCGCAGAGUUUGGCGAGGAAGGCGUUCUACAAGGCGGACAAGUUGAAUGUCAAGUGGAACAACGCGGGGACUAUGGCCCUCUUCCUCACGCAUAACGAUGUCGACACGACCGGGAAAUCCUAUUAUGGAGAAACAAAUUUGUAUCUUGUCAGCUUGGACGGGUCAUAUGAUGGUCUCGUGGAUCUUGACAAAGAGGGACCCAUAUACGACUUCACCUGGUCCCCUACAUCUCGCGAAUUUACUGUCUGCUACGGAUACAUGCCCGCCCGCACACAGCUGUUCGACAUCAAGAACAAGCCGGUCCACUCAUUCGGCCACGGUCCCCGGAACUUUAUCCUCUACCAGCCCCAGGGGAAGCUGUUGCUCUCGGCAGGGUUUGGGAAUUUGGCCGGAGGAAUGGAUGUUUGGGAUAUCAGUACAAGGAACAAGGUCGCUGAGUUCACCGCGUCCAAUUCGAGCACAUGCGAAUGGUCCCCUUGUGGCCGGUACAUCCUCACAGCGACCCUCUCUCCUCGUCUGCGCGUCGACAACGGCGUCAAAGUCUGGUGGUGCGGCGGUCAGCUCCUGCACAUACAUCCCGUCGACUCUUUGUACCAGGCAUCAUGGCGGCCUCAGCUGCUCGAUAAGCUGCAGCCGUUCCCUGCUGUCAUUCCUGCUCCGCCGGCAGUCAAUGAGAGCGUGGCGCUGUAUCGACCAAAAGGGGAGGAAAGCAAUGGAGCGGCUGCCAAGCCUAAAGGAGCGUACCGGCCACCAGGUGCCCGUGGAACACUCGCCUCGGACGCAUAUAAGCGAGACGACAACGACCAUACCGCAUCCGCAUCGGCUUCCCAGCCCACCUCGGCGCCCGGAUCCGGUACAUCCACCCCGACCCCCAUGUUCCGCGGCGGAAAGCCCGCUGGACGGUAUACACCCGGUCUGCCUCCGGGGGCUGCGCCGGCCUCUCCGGCCGCUGGCAAGGAGGACAAGAAGAAGCGUGUGCGGACGAAGCGGCCACAGAAGGAAACGGCGGUGGAUGGUGAUGGGGUGGAGGCUGUUGCGGAGAAGGUGGAACAGGUGAAGAUCGAGGAGCAGGCACCUCAAUCUACAGGGGAAGAGGGGGUGCAGAAGAAGAUCAGGGGGCUGAAUAAGAAGCUGAAAGCGAUCGAUGAUUUGCUCAAUCGGCAAAAUAAGGGCGAGACGCUCGAAAAGACUCAGAUGAUGAAGAUUGAGUCGGCGGCUUCUAUUCGGGCGGAGAUUGUGGGUCUGGGGGUGGACGCAAUGGAGCUGGACAUAGUGGGGUAG